AGAAAGAAGUAGUGAUGGCAACUUGAAACUGAAACUUCAAAACGUGCUCCGAAUCGGUGACUUAUAUUUUCAAUGAACCACUGCUCCGGAAGCGCUUGCUCUGGACCUAUUUGGGACUUGCCGUUCUUUUGGUAUUCCCUUUUCCCAACCAAACGAGCUCAUUCAAAGUAUUCUCACCGGAUGCGACAAAAUAAUCCUGACCAAAGGCGAACGACGUGGAAGAUGAGGUGAGGAAAUCCAGGCCACGAAGAUCAGCUGUAGAACUGUAAAGAGAAAAAGAUGUAUCCGGCAGACGUCGCUAUUAAAGAGCUUCACCCUCAUGACCACGAUCCCCUCCACGUUAAACAGGAGGAGUCUGAGAUGCCGUACAUUAAACAGGAGGAAAAGCCAGAGACCCCCAGCAUUAAAGAAGAAGAACAGGAAGAUGAGAUCCCCGAGUUUCCAAUGACUGUCAUUGUGAAGAGUGAAAACGACGAAGGUCCAAGCGAAAAGAGCGGAGCAGCGAAACCUUCGAGCGACAGCUCAUUCCAACACCUGACAACAAAAGAAGAGGGACAAUGGCAACAUGACGGUUCGUUAUCGCCACUCUCACACAGUGACGAUGUAACUUCACAAUCAUCUCUUUUUAACACUGAUGAGAAGGAUAAAGACGUUGACCAAAAUGCUUCAAAAUCCUUAAACAAGUCCUCAUUGAAAAGCGGCACAAAAGGGGUUGGGAGACCUUUUACCUGUUCACUUUGUGAUAAAACGUAUUCUCAGAAAAAACACUUACAAAGCCACAUGUAUACACACACUGGGGAGAAGCCUUUCGCCUGCUCAUUUUGUGAUAAAAGAUUCACUGGGAAGUCACAUUUAAAAAAUCACACAAAAACACACACUGGAGAGAUGCCUUUUCAAUGCACAUCUUGUGGUAAACAAUUCACUAGUAAGGGAUGUUUAAACCAACAUACCAGGAUACACACUGGAGAGAAGUCUUUCGUCUGCACAUCUUGUGGUAAACGAUUCUUUGAUCAGGCACAUUUAAACAGACACACACUCACACACACUGGAGAAAAGCCUUUUGUCUGCACAAGUUGUGGUAAAGGAUUCAUUGAGAAAAGAGAUUUUAUCAGUCACACAAGAGCACACACUGGAGAGAAGCCUUUUCCCUGCUCACUUUGCAAUAAGCGAUUCUCUCAGAAAGAACGACUGAACUCUCACUUGAAAACACACACUGGAGAGAGGCAUUUUGCGUGCUCAUUGUGUGAUAAAAAAUACUUAAGAAAGUCAAAUUUAAUCAGUCACACAAGAACACACACUGGAGAGAAGCCUUUUCAAUGCACAUCUUGUGGUAAACGAUUUACCAUUAAGGGAUGUUUAGACAAACACGCAAAGAUACACACCGGAGAGAAGCCUUUUGUCUGCACAUCUUGUGGUAAACGAUUCACUGAGAAGGCACAUUUAAACAGACACACACUCACACACACUGGAGAAAAGCCUUUUCAAUGCACAUCUUGUGGUAAAAAAUUCAUCGAGAAAGGAGAUUUUAUCAACCACACAAGAACACACACUGGAGAGAAGCCUUUUGCCUGCUCUUUCUGCGAUAAAAGAUUUUGUACGACGCAUGAGUUAACAAGACACAUGCGUACACACACUGGAGAGAAGCCUUUUGCCUGCUCUCGUUGCUAUAAAAGAUUUUGUACGAAGCAAAAGUUAACAGGACACAUGCGUACACACAUCGGGUGAAACGGCUUUUCUCUGCGCACUUUGUGGUAAAAGAUUUACCCGGAAGGAACAUUAAAGCUGUAGUGUGAACUAAUUUCUUCACAUGCCAAAUAGGGUCACAAGUAAAGUAAUUAAACAUUGUCCACCAAAUAAAGCAUGAAAAAAUAAUUUAUAUGUUGUAUAUUUGACAAAAUAAUCGCGUUUCCGAAGUUCGAGCCUGAAAGGGGACGAACCUCGAAGUGAUACGUCACACCGGGAACAGCGUUGGCAGCUCCAUACAUACGGCCGCCAUACAAAGCCCUUCAAACAAUGAUUCAAACAGCGAUAUAAGCGAUAGACCGAGCGCAAGGGAGGAGAUCCAAGUUUUUGAAGAGUUGGAGGAAGAAGAGGAGCUUGGAGUUUUAUGUUGGAUCUAACAUGUAUUAGCCAGACGCUAAUCAGAAUGCAAACAGUGUGCCUAGACUACCUGACAUGGAAUAGAUACAAGACCCAUCGAGAUUACAACAUUGGUAAGAUAUAGGCUGUUAUUAUUUUUAUGAUUUGAAGAUGCAGGCAUUUGCACAUAAUGUUAUGUUUUUGUCUAUCUGAUGACAUUGUUAAAGAAAAUAAUCCGACUUCAUGUUCAUUUUGGCAGAUCCGGCAGCUCUCGUACAUAUAAAAUAAUAAUAUAAAAACGUUGGGGGGAAAGAAGGAGAUGAGUCUUCGAUGGCUUUCUCCACUUUACUGUGGCAACAAUAAGAAAACAAAAUAAUAGUGGGCUGCCGCCACAUUCGACCGCGAAGUUUUGCUUCUCGCCGAUCUCCUCCUCGCCUCCCACUCCAGCGUCUCUUAAACGGAUUGUGCAUGGUGUCAUGUUAUGAGCUUUUUGUUUACAAAUGUAUCGAACACACGACGCGCUGACAACCUUGUCUCUUUAUUAACACAUGGAGCAGUUCUUAUGGAAAAGUUAGAACACAGCUCGGCACAGCUCUCGGCAGGAAUUGGCGUCUAAUGGCGUGAGGAAAUGUAGUUUUUUCACACAAGCGAACAGAUUACAAAGCACCACUUCAGUGUUGUCCCGAGACUACAUUUCCCAUGAUUCGCUGCGUGACCUGCGCGCUCGCUGAUUCGCUGCGAGAUUGACUCGAUGGCUACGCUAAACCAACACGCUAUUUUUCAGCUGUCAGCGGCUCUCAUAAAACACAAACUAGAAGCCUAUCUUGCGAUCACCGUGAACGCUGAACCGUCCAUAAGCAAUGCAAUGCUUGAAGCAUGAAGGUGGAAAUACAUAAUACAAAUACAAAUAAAUGUGCACAAACUAACCGGCGGUGUGUGUCUCUUACAGCAACGUGACCGUGAAUUACCGCGACGCCGACCCGUUUAUAUGAACAUCCACACCCGUUUCCCGAUUGACAGUGGAUGAACCCUUUCGGACAUGAUCGUAGAUGACGCACAAUUUAAACACGCUUAACCUAGCGAACGCAACAACAACUAUGAUCGGGGAUUUCCACGAGUUAACUUUCGGCUAACAUCGCUAGCUUAUACUGUUCAAUUCCACAACAGUAGGCAGCUAUGCUUUGACAAAGUCAUCAGUCAUCUAUCCAAAAAUCACACUUACUUUUUGGCAAAUCCUUGAUCAUAAGCAGACCGGUUAAGGAAGCAGGCAUCUUUGAAGUGUUUGCAGCAGAGAACACUACUCAAUGAUGGCGUGAAAUUCAUUCGCUUCGUGCGAACGAAAGAUGUCCAUUUAUGUGCCCUGCUAUCCUUUGGCCACUCAUACAACUUUUCGUUUGAGCGAGAACAAAACAUCGCCACAUACCGCUGUGGCAUCUUACCGAGAAGCAAUGCAACAAAUAAUACUGUUCUAUGGUGGACUUACCUCGCACGUCUAGGUGUGACGUAAUUUCCGAAGAUUUCCGAAGAUUGCCGAAGAAAAGCAUUUUCGUUGUCAAGGGCGUUGCUAUGGGUUAAACAAAGAAUCUAGAAGGGUUGCGUUAAAAAAAAUAAUGAAAAUAUGCUUAUAAUUGUUUAGCCAUUGAUAUUAUUCAAAAACAUUGUUGGCCAACCUUACUUCAAAGUUCCCCUUUAAACUCAAAAAGACACACCUAAUUUACUUACGGCUUACUGCUUUUCACAAUUUGACUUCUGAUUGUCAACAAUACUUUGAUGCUUCCCUUCUUUAUUUUGUUUGUCCUUCAGGGUAGAUUUUUUUUAUGUGUUUUGUGUAGAGAUGUGCCAAUCGAUCGGGUCCGAUCAUGUCAUUUUCAAAGUAUUGGAAUCGGCAAAAAAAUAUUGGCCAUGCAUUUUUUAUUUUUUUUAAUUUUUUUUAAAUCGUUCUUUAAUUGUAUUUAACGUUACAGACAUGUUACACUCAUCCAGAGUCUUUAGUUUAGGCUUAAGGUAGGGUUAUCAAAUUUAUCCCGAUAGCGGCGGUAAUUAUUUUUUAAAAAAUGUAUCACGUUAAAAUAUUUAACGCAAUUAAUGCAUGCGCUGCACGACCCACUCAUGCAUUGUCGCACUCAAUCUGUAAUGGCGCCGUUUUACCUAUAUAGAGAGAUAAAAGGCAGCGUAAAAUAAGGAGUGAAUUUUGGCAGCCUUUGGAGCCUUUUCUUAAUUGGCUAAAGCCUUACUAUCCCUCUCCCUACGAUUAGAAAUAUCAUGGGAAGCAAUGUGGGGAAGCAAGGUAACAUUUGAUCUUUUUCUUAACACCUUAUGUUAUUUACCAACGCAAAGAAGAUAUAUCAAUUGGUAGCACUACGCACAUUGUUCCACUUCCCAUUAUGCAUUUGGGCAUGGCUACAGUAUCAUUUACUGAAAGCUCAACAAAUACACUAGAUGGCAAUAUUUAGUCACAAUAUACAAAGUAACAAGUCUUUCUAUCCGUGGAUCCCUCUCACAGAAAGAAUGUUAAUAAUGUAAAUGCCAUCUUGAGGAUUUAUUGUCAUAAUAAACAAAUACAGUAUGUAUGUAUGUAUGUAUGUAUGUAUGUUGAAUGUAUAUAUUCGUCUGAGUUUUAUUCAUUUUUUUCUUAAUGCAUUGCCAAAAUGUAUAUGAUCGGGAAAAAUUAUCGGGAAUGAUUGAAAUUGAAUCAGGAGCAAAAAAAAAAGCAAUCGGAUCGGGAAAUAUCGGGAUCGGCAGAUACUCAAACUAAAACGAUCGGGAUCGGAUCGGGAGCAAAAAAACAUGAUCGGAACAACCCUAGUUUUGUGCAUUGUAAUCAUUUGAAAUCUGCUUCAUUGUAGAAAUACUGAACCUUUUUAAUUUUACUAUCAAAUAUUUUUCUUUAUUACUUACUAACUUACUUACUUUUUUGUAAACUGUUUUUUGGUAAAUAUGGGCUGUAUGUGCAGUGGUACCUCGACAUACGAUUGCUUCGACACUAGGGAUGGGAAUCGAGAACCGGUUCUUAUAGAGAACCGGUUCCGCGCAUAUCAAUUCCAUGGAAUCGUUUGGCAGAUUAUCUAAUGAUUCUCUUAUAGAUUCCAAACAGUACAAUAAACGUCAAGGACUUUACGCAAGAUACACACCGACAAGUAAGCAAGUAUCACAACAUAAAUGCUCACAGUGUAAUAACCCACCAAGUGUACCAUGAGGUGUCGCCACCGAGUGAUAACAAAUAUCUCUUCAUAAUCACAGAUUAGUUUUAAAUGCUGAAAAAACUAAAUACAUGGUUUUCUCCACUUCCACCAUUACUGACAAUGAUUUACCCGGAAUCAAAUCCCUAAAUGGUACUCAAAUUACUCUCACUGAUUCAUACAAAUACUUCGGAAUUUAGAUUGACAGUAAUUUAUCAUUAAAAACUCAUAUUCAUCACCUAAUCCGUAAAUUUAAAUUUAAAUUUAGCUUCCUGUAUAGAAUCAAAGGCUGUCUGUCAACUUCUAAUCGAAAAACCAUUUUUUUAUCUUCUUUUGUUUCUGUUCUUGAUUAUGGGGACAUCUUGUACUGUCAUGCAGCUCCAUCAACUCUUCAACAGUCAAACCCGGUUUAUCACAGUGCACUAUGUUUCAUCACCAAUGACAAUUUCUGCACUCAUCAUUGUACCCUGUAUCAAAACGUUGGUUGGUCCUCACUACAGUCAAGAAGAAAUAUCCACAUCGUAACUACAAAACACGAUCGUCCAACUACUUAACCCUAAACAUCCCACUCACACGCACUAAUGUUGGCAGAACUGGCUUUAGCUACUAUGCUCCUCUUAAAUGGAACAAAUUGCAAUCUACUCUCAAUCUACAGUCAAUCAUUCAUCUUGGUGAUUUUAAAUCUCUUUUGUCUGAUGUUUUUACUGAUUAUUGUAACUGUUUCCGUUAGUGUAUUUUGUGUUGUUUGAUAUUUGUGAAUGUUUUUUGUGUUCCGGCCUUUCUUGUAAAAGAGAUAUUAACCUCAAUGAGACUGCCUGAUAAAAUAAAGAUUAAAUAAAUAAAAAAUAAUGUAGUGGUAUUCACAGUCCAAGUCAAUAUUCGUGAGAUACACACGUUCCCAGGCUUCAACUGGGACCGUGUGCUUUGGUCAGAUGAGACCAAGAUUGAGCUUUUUGGCAACAAACACUCUAAGUGGGUCUGGCGUGCCACCUCAUACCCACUGUGAAGUAUUGGGGUGGGUCAGUGAUGCUGUGGGGCUGUUUCGCUUCCAAAGGCCCUGGGAACCUUGUUAGGGUGCAUGGCAUCAUGAAUGCUAUGAAAUACCAGGACAUUUUAAAUCAAAAUCUGUUGCCCGAAAGCUGAAGAUGGGUCGUCACUGGGUCUUUCAGCAAGACAAUGACCCUAAACAUAUGGCCAAAUCUACACAGAAAUGGUUCACCAGACACAAAAUCAAGCUCCUCCCAUGGCCAUCUAAGUCCCCAGACCUUGUUUUGUUGGCAAAAGGGGGUUGUACAGAGUACUAACACCAGGGUUGCUAAUCGUGACACACAUUAUUUGAUGUCAAAUAUUUUUUUCUUUAUGUGGGAUUUUUUCCCCACUGAAUAAAUGCACUUGUAUUGAAGGUUGGAUUUUUCUCUUUUUUUCUAUUAAGGUCCCAUAUUAUUUGAAUUAAAAAAAAAGACAUUAGAAGCUAAAAAACACAUCUUUUUCAGGGGUGCCAAUAAUUAUGGAGGGCACUGUAUGUUCCAAUUUUAAAAAAAUAAAUAUCCUGUUGAAUGCAAAAGUUUUUGCUUUUUUUUAAACCCAGAUUUCUCAAAGUAACACAUUUUGGAGCUAUCCUCCCCUCCCCUCACAUUUCGUUGUUCAUGCAUUAUGUAACAUCAUACUGUAGACUUGUUCAGCAUCUU